CUUAAUUCAAUAUUUUUUAGUAUAUAGUGACUUUGAUUUGCCAACAGUGCACCACCCUGGGUUGUGAAGUAGUUUAUAUUCCGAUUAUUGGUUUUGGGAACCUCGAACUGUAAUCCAAAUAGUUGCGGAAGGUCCUCCUGCUAUUUUAUUGGCUGUUCUCGGUGGCCAUCACAUUUCCCUUUCUGAUGGUUGGAUAACCUUCGUGUCGAUCAGAAAACAGACUGGGACUUUCCUGGAAACAGGCCGCUUUCCGCGUUGGGGGCGUCAAAAGGCUGUCCUUUCGGCGGGGAGGAUCCAGCCCUUCCAAUAAUAAUCUGUGUUUGCCAAAAGUCUGGAGGAUGGGGGAGAAAGGAGAAGCUGCCUGUGAGAAGGUAGGGAGGUGUGCUGAACACGGCAAGAAGCUGGUCUACUUCUGCAGGCUGGAGAAACUGAAGGUGUGCAGCAAGUGUGCGAUCACGGGCUCGCACCGAGGGCACACGGUGGUGCCGGUGGAAGAGGCGCUAAGUGAGCUGAAGGAAUUGCUAUCUGCACGCUUGGUGAAGUUAGAAGCAGAGAGUUUGGAGCAGACCUCAAGAUUGGGGGAGAUUGAACACAACAUGACAGCAGCCCAGGAAGAAGCUGAGAUGCUCCAGCAACAAGUGCAAGAAGAUUUUGCCAUUUUGCGGAGCUUCCUAGACUCAGAGGAGAAAGUUUUGAUGGAGUGGAUAGCCACUGAGAAACAGCAUAUCCUGGAGGAGCUGGAAAGGCUAAAAGCAGAAUGCUUGGAGAGGGCUAAGCAUCUGAGUUUGCUGAUGGAUCCCUUUAAGGCAGUGCUGCAGAGCACCAACUUAAGUGACGUGUUGAAGGUGCUGAACAUUUCCUCUGAUGGAUCCAGUCAUCCUUGUGAAACAGCGAAUGACCCCGUUGUGCGUUUUGAGGCUGAGAAAUUUUGUGGUCCACUGCAAUACAAAGUUUGGAAGAGGAUGUUGCAAAUAAUUCAGACAGUGCCUGAAGCUUACACCUUUGACCAUUUGACUGCUCACCCUCACCUUGAAAUCUCAACAAACCGACGGUCAGUGAUUCCUCGCCGUGAAGCUUUGCCAGUUGAUUAUGCAAAUGGUCGAUUCGACACCUGCCUUUGUGUUCUUGGCACCGAGGCAAUUUCAACGGGGAAACACUACUGGGAAGUGACCGUUAACAAGAAGGCCAAAUGGGAUCUGGGAGUUGCUUACAGCUCUGUACCCCGUCAUGGGGAUAUUUUCUACCGGCCUAGCAGAGGCAUCUGGUGUUUGACAUUGCGAGAUGGCUAUUGCUAUGAGGCCUGUGACGAGCAUGACAUCCAGCUGGAGGUCCAGCACAGUCCAGGCCGCAUUGGUAUCUACGUGGACUAUGAGGGUGGGGUGGUGUUGUUCUUCGAUGCCGAGACGAUGCUAAUGCUCCAUGCCUUUCGAACCCAUUUCACAGAUCAGCUUCUGCCACUGUACAGCCCAUGCACAAUGGAGGAGGCGGUCCCGGGUGACCAGCGACUCACCAUUUUCAAAUUGAAUGUGUGAUGUCAUUGAGGACAGUUUUCCCUGUUUUGUGCUGUUGGGGUUUAUCAAGUGAGAGUGUCAUGGAUAUUGGCCCCAAAUGCAAACAAAAUAAAGCUUUGUUUUACUGUU